AUGUGGAAGGAGAUUGGAGAUAGAGAAUCCGGUAAAUUACGCCCUAGUUUAUUCAGUAAUCGUAUUAGAUGCAAUCGAUUGACCUCUCUACAGCUCUCCAAUCACAAAGAGAUUGUCUCUCCUCACCGUGGCUCCAUUAAUUCUAUCCAGGUUGAUUUGACAGAGGGGCGAUAUUUGUUAUCCGGUGCAUCAGAUGCAUCGGUUGCUGUUUAUGAUAUUCAGCGUGCAACUAAUUAUGAAGGAGGGAGUCUGGUUGCAAAGCAUAACUCCAUAUUUGUUAUCGAUAAGCAACAUGACCAUGGGCAUAAAUAUGCCGUGUCCUCAGCCAUUUGGUAUCCAGUUGACACAGGGCUGUUCAUCACUGGUUCGUAUGAUCAUCACAUCAAUGUUUGGGAUACAAAUACCUCACAGGUGGUAAUGAAUUUUAAAAUGCCAGGAAAGGUUUAUAGGACUGCUAUGUCUUCACUGGCGACGUCUCACAUGCUUAUCGCUGCUGGAACUGAAGAUGUUCAAGUUCGCCUCUGUGACAUUGCUUCAGGGGCAUUUGCUCACACGUUGUCUGGUCAUCGUGAUGGUGUAAUGUCAGUGGAGUGGUCUACUUCUAGUGAAUGGGUGUUGGUGACUGGGGGAUGUGAUGGUGCAAUACGCUUUUGGGACAUCAGACGAGCUGGAUGUUUUUGUGUUUUAGAUCAGUCCCACUCUCAGCUUGGAAGACGCCUGCCUCUCCUACGACGCUCUGCCACGAAUAAGAAUUUAUUAUCAAAAUCCUUAUCAUCAGGCCAGAAUACAUCUGUGAAAGCCCGGGCACUGCCAAAGAAAUCUGCUAACAGCAAUGUUUUAAAGCAGUCUGCUAAUAGCAGAAAUCCCAGCCAAACCAAGGGAUCCGGGAGGCAGAGACUUCAUCCUGGGAUGUUGUCUAGUCAGGAUCGCGCCACUGCCCAUUACGGAGCUAUUAUAGGAUUAAAAGGGACUGAAGAUGGCAUGUAUCUUUUAAGUGCAGGUUCUGAUUCACGAGUAAGGUUGUGGGAUAUAGAAUCUGGAUGCAAUACUCUUGUAAACUUUGAGAGUGCGCGCCUGCAAACCAGCAAGGCUAUACAGUUAGCAGUAACUCAGGAUUCAGCCCUUGUUUUUGUUCCGUGCAUGACAGCUGCAAAAGCAUUUGAUGUGUGGUCCGGCAAGACAAUGCUGACAUUUCGUGGCCACUAUGAAUAUGUAAAUUGUUGUUGCUAUAGUGCGCAAGAUCAGGAACUAUACACUGGAGGUAAUGAUAGACAAAUUCUUGUGUGGUCUCCACCCAAAUCUAUUUCUGUUGAAGUGGACGAAUGGAAGAGGAAAGGGCAGGCUCCUGCACCUGAUAAGGAUAACUGGAGCGACUGACAUUUACUGCUGCCAACGCGUGUUACAGAUUUCCAGGUCACCUAUAUAUUCUAGCGCUUUGGAUGUACAUAAUGUGUUAACACUGUGUAUUCAUAUUCUUUCCCUAGUACUAUUUCUUUGUUCAUUGGUUUUUGUCACAAGAUUUUGGAAGGAAACAAAAUGCUUCCUUGGGUCAUGGUAACUGGAUGUUGUAUCAUUUUGAAAUGCUUGUAUACAUAAAUGACUGUUAUGUAAUAGGGCAUUAUAUCUGGAAAAAUGGAGA